GACACCAUGCGUCCUCAUUUCAACUAUAGCACAACUUCUGCGCAUCAUGCUGGAAGAAAGUGAGAAGCGUAAUCUACUGAACGUCGAUGACUAUCAAGUCCUGGCGAAAACGAAACUACCCCACUCUUUGUACGAAUACCUUGCGUCCGGUACGGCGGAUGCCACCACCUUACGAGAGAAUCGGGAUGCCUUUGCUCGCUGGUACUUGCGACCUCGUGCGAUGCGCCCUGUCGGUCGAAUCUCUACCCGCAUGGUACUAUUUGGACAAGGACUCAGUAUGCCGGUAUUUUGCUCUCCCGCCGGAGUCCACGCUCUGUGCCAUCCGGAUGGUGAAUGCGCGACAGCCAGAGUUUGUCAGGAUUUGGGCCUCUUGUUUGGUCUGUCCCAGCACGCGACCAAGUCAAUCGAGCAAGUUGCGGCAGCCGCACCACAAUCGCACCGGUAUUAUCAAGCCUAUAUUCUCAAGGAUCGGAGUAUUACCGCUCGAUUGGUGCAACGAGCGAUUCAGGCCGGCUACAGCGGCAUAUUUUUAACGGUCGACUCGGUGCGAUUUGGCUAUCGAGAAGCGGAUGCGCGGAAUGGUUUCGACGCUCUGCCAUCGCCUCAUCGGUUGGCCAAUUACGACGAGGUGCGACAACAAAAUCUAGAUCAAACAUACAAUGCAAAGACCCACUUGGCCUGGGAUCAAAACUCGGAGCUUUUGUUUGAGCAGAACGUCUCUUGGAAAGAUGUAACGUGGUUGAAGGAAGAAGUCUGUGGUGGUCUACCACUCAUCGUUAAAGGCAUCAUGACCGCUGAAGACGCCGUGCUAGCCAUCGAGGCCGGUGCCGACGCUAUCAUGGUGUCCAACCACGGUGGACGCCAGCUAGAUACUUGUCUAGGCUCUAUUGACGUCUUACCCGAGGUCGUGAUGGCUGUCGGAGGCCGCGUACCAGUCUUAUUAGACGGCGGCGUUCGCCGCGGAACAGACGUUGUCAAGGCAUUGGCACUGGGUGCCGCGGCCGUAGGAUUGGGCAAGCCACUCUUUUUUGCACUGGCGUGCGGCGGCGAAAGCUCGCUGAAAGACAUGCUUGAGAUUUUGCAAACCGAAAUAGAAGUCGCCAUGGCCUUGUGCGGAUGCGAAACGAUCUCCGACAUUCAGUCGUCUCACAUAACCCGACACCCAGGCGGCCACUUUCAAUCGAGACUAUAGCACAAGGAUAAACAAUCUCCAGUCUGGAGUCGUGAAUGUCAGUGACGUCUUCUGACUACUGAUGGAAUGCAUUGAUGGUCUACUCUGCGGGAAAUGGUGCUAGUAAGAAAGGGGAGAAACACGUACUCUUCAAAGAUGUUAAAGGCGACAGAGACAAAAAAACUAGACAUGACACACUCUUCCUGAAUGGGAUAAGAAACCUGCAGGUUUUUAAACGGGAUGUACAGUUCAUUUCAUGUCGAAGAAACCGCCCAAGUCAAAUCUAGGGCAAUUGGGUUGCUUCCCGAAAUCGACGCCAGACAUCGGUAAUAUAUUCUCCGUCACCAGGAAAGUUAGGAUCACGUGGAGCCACCACCAAACGUUCUUUGCCCCAUUGUAUUGUAUAGCAAAACGAGUCAUUCUUGGCGUCGGGAUCACGUGCCGAUCGCUUCAUUUCUUUCUUGCUGGGCCGAGCUGGACCAAGUUGCAAAGUACCCCGCGAGAAUGGUAGCUCAGUCAAGAGGGGCUCAAGCUCCUGCAAAAGAUUUGCACUGUCCACCCUACCACUUAGAUGGAUCAGUACUGGUUUACGUCGUUUUCCACAGUGCUUGGUAAUUUUUAGCGACGGAAUAUUACGUUUCGACUGUCGUCUUCUGGCACCGUGGAUCGACCAGAAAAGCGAAUCGAUUUCCGCGUUCGUCUCUUCAAACGUCUGUUUCUUGCAGAUCUCGCCUAGUUGCUGUCGGUGCUGGCGAACAGCAAUUUCGAUUCGUUGCUUCUUUGUCUCGACAAAAUGACCUUGAACGAGUCGUUCCACAAUUUCCCAAACGUCCAAUCCAACGAUUACUUGUAGUCUGUGUUCCAUACCCUUAGAUAUAUCGUUGGGGUGUCUCUCAAGUAAUUCUCGAAUCUUUACUUGUAUUUCGGAUUCGUCGAACAUAAAGUCUAGGAGCUUUUCGACAAAGAGCUCAUGAUGUACGAAGAACGGGGUCGCAAACGGCAACAUGUUUGGUUCAUAGUCUUGUUGCAAAGACUUCGCUUUCUUCAUCGGCGAUUCCUCAUCGUUGAUUUCAUGGCCAACAGCCCUGUCACGGUCUUUGUUGCUUUCGUCUUGUGGACGCUUUGCCAUUCUUGCGGU